UGGGUGGGCAGAGCACAAAGAGGGCUGCAGAGGGUCUUGUUUUCAUUGCAUAUCAAGUAGGUCUACAACCCUGACCUGAGACAUUACAUCUCAUUUGCCUGGACUGCUGAAUGCAGCAGUUUUCAUCAGGGAUCAAAGGGCAUUGCACUGAAACACCACUGGACAAUGAAGCUGGAGAUUCCAAAGACAUUUGAAGAUGUUGCCAUUAAUUUUUCUGAUGAAGAGUGGAAGAUGUUGAGUAUUCAUGAGAAAGAACUGUAUAAGGAUGUAAUGCAGCAGAAUUACGAGAACAUGACUUCAUUGGGCUACAUCAUUCCAGUAGGGAGCCUCUUAUCCCUAAUAGGACAUGAUGAUGAACGUAUAAAGGAAGAAGUGGUGUGGCAUCUAAAAAAUCGUGCUGAAGGGACUGCUAACACUGCAGGACACAGAAUGCCAGGUGAAAACUCAUUACCACUGACUGAGAGGGGUGGGGAUCUCCCUAUCGUGAUAGAAGAUGAUGAAGAGAUUCAGUCGAAGGAUGAUAUACAAGAUGGCCACUCCAAUAGGUGUGUAAUUCCAACUGAACAGUUGUCAUUGAUCGAGAGCAGAGUGGAACUCCCUGUUGUUAUAAAAGAGGAAGAUGAUGAUGAUGAUGAUGAUGAUGAUGAUGAACAGGAGCAGCAUUCUGAAACCAGCUUUACUAUCCCUAAAUCUGAUUACAGAAAGGAUGUGAAGUCACGCUGUGUGAUAUACAAGGGGAACUUUGAAGAUGAAAGGAGCUCUACUGCCACAAAAUGCAAUGAGCCUUUGAAAGACAGACUGAUAUUUCCCAAGCAUGCUACAAGGGAGUAUAAAGUCAUUAAGAAGGAGAGAAAAAUGCAAACCACUAAUGUAACACGGUCACUUUUUCAGUCUGACACAAAACAAAAGAAUACCAUACUGCAGGAGAAUCUCUCCAUGCAUAAACCAAUCAAGACAGAGCCUAUGCCUUUUGAAAUUAUGGGGUUCAGGAACAGUGCCCCCUAUAAAGUAGAUUAUAAUAUUCAGUGGAUGGGUAACACUGGCUAUAAACCAUUCCACUGUAAAGAUUGUGGAAAGAGAUUCACAUAUAAAUCUACACUGAACAGGCACCAGUGGAUUCACAGUAAGGCAUUUUCUCAGCAAAAACCUUUUAAAUGCAGUUACUGUGGAAAAGCUUUUGCACAAAAAUCACAUCUUUCUAGGCAUCAGUUGGUUCACACUGGGAACAUGCCUUUUAGAUGCAGUGUCUGUGGCAAGGGAUUCAGAGCUAAAGGUGAACUUGCAAACCAUAUGUGGGUGCACACAGAAGAGAAACCAUUCAAAUGUACUGAAUGUGAGAAGUGUUUCACGUAUAAGUCAAAUCUGACACGCCAUCGGAUUGGACACUAUGCAGAAAAACAUUUUCCAUGUAUUAAAUGUCGAAAGAGUUUCACAUGUAAAGCCGAUCUAGUUAAACAUGAUUGCAUUCAGUCAAAUAAGCCAUUGAAAGUACCAUCAGAAUAUGAUAAUUUUGAGGAAGGUGCCAUGUAUGAAACCGAUCUUCCCAAAUGGAUUUUUACUGAUGAGGUAUUAAUGCAAGGAGAUAAAGAUAAAUAUAAUGAAUGCGGAGAGGGCUUUACAUACAGAUCAAAUCACGAUGUACAGAAGUGGGUGUGUGAUGAGAACAAUAUGUUAUUCCAAGAAAAAAUUGUUGAACGUAGUAAUAAUGGAACAACUUUUACUCAUGGGCUUAAUGUGACGACACAUGAAUGGAAUCAAACAGAUGAAAAAUUAACUGAAGAGAAACCUAUUAAAUGUGUUGACAGUACAGCACAUUUUACACACAGUUCACAUUUUAGUACACAUGAUUGGAUUUCCCCCAGUCAGACAUUAACCCAAGAGACAUGGGUUGAAAAUACUGAUAACAGUCAAAAUGUUGUAUAUAGAACAGAUCUUCCUGUAGACUGGAUAAAUGGAGUUGGGUCAUUGACCCAAGAAAUCCCUGCAGAAUAUAACAAUCAUAUGAGCAGUUUCUCCUUACAACCAUGUAUUCCGAAACGACGUUCAGGUCUGAAACCUUUUAAAUGUUCGUUAUGUGAAAAGUGUUUUAGAGCUAAGGGUGAGCUUGCAACCCAUCAUAGAGUGCACACAGGUGAAAAGCCUUUUAAAUGUGCUUAUUGUGAAAAAUGUUUCACAUAUAAGUCGAACCUUACCCGGCAUCAGAUGCUCCACAUGGGACAGAAGCCUUUUAAGUGUACUUUGUGCGGAAAGUGUUUCACAUAUAAAGCAGACCUUGUUCGGCAUGACUGGAUUCACUCUGGCAAAGUGGUGACUGAGGAAAGCCAUAAAAAAUACAUGGAUCAUGAAAAGAGGGUCACAGAAGGAGACAUAUUUGUAAAGAAAGUGCCACUUCAGGCGGUAGAUAGACCUUAUAAGUGUUUAGAAUGUGGGAUGGGUUUCAUGUACAAAUCAGGUCUUGUAAGGCACCAGCCAGUUCAUGCAGGAGAAGUGAAAAUUGCAACUCUUGAAAAUCUAGAUGAAGAAUGGCAGUCUUUCCUGUCAAGCAUGAGUUUCGGAGACAUUAUUCCAAUGAAAGCGUAUAACACAUAGAAGUGUUCCUCAAGUAGAAAAAGACAUGGCGACGGCCUCUGGUACUGAGGUUGUUUUUUGUUUAUUUCAUUGCCAUUAAUUUUUGGCAUGUUCAUGUUCCUGAACAGGGCAACAGAAUGCAGGGACUAGAUGAAUACACAUGAAGUUUGUGUAAAUCAGAUUGCUUUUAAACUGCUGAAGGAAAGACUUCACAAAAAAUACAGAAAAAUCAUAGAAUGAGAGACCCUGGCAGUGCCACUCAGUACCAGCUGUGGAGUGAACAUAAGGAAAAAGUCUUCUACAGUAGGAAAUAACAGCACAGUCAAUAGGAAAGUCAGUUAAUUCUGUGUACAUUCCUUUGAAUGUGGAGUGAUAAAGUUAUUGAAUACUGGUGCAUUUAAAGACACAGAAAGAUAAAGACAGAUGUAUAGGUAAAUUAUUCUUAGCAGUACCAGAUCAGACGAAAUACUGUAGACAAGUGUACUUUGAAAUUGUUGCAUGAGUUAGGGACAAUUCAAGGGGUGCAAGCAGGACUUUCUUAUCUUUUAUUAGUUAUUUUUGCAUUUUGAUUUGAGAAAACUAUAACACACUCAUUUUUUGCCAUUACCAAACAAUUGAAUACACAGCAAAAAUGCCACAUUCCUUAAAUGUACUACAUUUUACAAGCAGCACGGGUUAAUUGUUGUAUGUCAUAUGCUGCUUUACAGAAAAAUGGUAACCUAGAUGGUCUUUAUCCACUAGAUCAGGAAGGGACUGAAGAUGAGUGCUGUACCAGGAUUUAGUGGUUUUAUACAACUGCAUACUUGAGAAGAACAUAUGGUCACUUAUAUAAAAUGAAUCUGACAAAUGAGUUCCAAAUAGCUAAUAACACACAACUUAAUUUAUAACUGGGAUAAGAUUUCUGAAGAUUUUAUUAUUAUUAUUAUUUAGGGAUUUUUUUAAUUACUGAACUGAUAAUGUUAAUGUUUUAAUUAGAGGCACCUUGUCAUUAUUUAAGGGGCAUUUGGGUGUCAUAUGUAUCAGCUGUUCUUCUGUCAAGCCAUUGGGAUCUUAUAUUUCAAACAUAGACCUUCAGUUUCAUCUCUUGGCUACAGCAGCAUGUUGGGCAUGCAGCACUUAUGUUUUAUAAACAUACAGCACAAUGUUUUCUAAACACUAAUAUUUAAAUGGUGAGCCAUUUCUUUAAACCAUGGUGGUGACUGCGUGUAUCCAAACUUUUUCUGACUUUGCCUGACAUGUUCCUGUCUUGUUGCUGUAGCUAUACACUUGAAAUGGCCACAUCAGUAGCAUACUUAACUGUUAUGAAGUGUCUUGUGUUGGUUGUCUUUCUGUCUUCAGUCUGUUUGUAUUUUAAACAUAGAAUGCAAGUUACGUGAAACUUAAAUAACUCUUUUGGCAAGUCACUGUAUAUACUUAGUGAAUCUCCGUGUUACACUGUAGCCUGAAGUUGUUUCAGCCAGUUGUAAAGGUGGACAAGCCUGGAAUUUUUGAAAAAGAACCAAGCCAGAGCUGAGCCAAGGGUCAAGCUUGGCGCUUAGGGCCCGAUAAGAGCCAAGCCAGAGCAGGCAAUCGCAGCAGUAGCUCUGUUAAAAAUAGCUACAUCUGUAAGUCCAGAGGUAAUUGUUUAAGUAACAAAAAAAGAAUACUACAAUUACAGCCAAACAAGCAUUGACAUUGCCAGCAUUCACUCAAAUGAAAGAAUGCUGAUGGUAUGCUGACCAGACUUCCUAAUAGCUUGCACCCAGCCACCUCCUACACUGUGCACAAGCUACAGGUCUGCUGACCGUGAAAAAUCGGAAAAAAUAUAACAAACAAUAGCAUACAAGUACACCACUCGGUAUGCAGGAACAGGAAUGUUGCCCUAGCUUGUGAAAAAAUUUCAUUUUUUCCCUGUCUGGUUUAAUGAUGAUUUAGUGCACAGUAGUUAACCAAAUUUUGCAAGAAAUUGUCAAACAAACUCAAAGGUAACAAUUAGAAACAUUCCCAAAUGGAGCAACAAAAAGCUUUGUAAAAUGUUAGAUUUCCUUAGCUUUAUGUAAAAAAACAUAUUUUAGUUCCGUUAAGGCAACUCACAGUAAUGAAACAAAAUCAGUAUUCUUAAUAACCUAUUUGGGUACAAAAUGCACACACUGCCCUGUAAACUGUGCCCCUUCUGAGAAGGUACACCACUACUGACUGUUAAGUUGCUACAAAAUAUAAUAAUAAUAGCAAACCUUGCUCUUUGAUGGAUACUGCCCUCCAUCAAAUCAUAUCACCCACAACUGCCCUGUACUGUCAUGUAUUAUAUGGCUCCAGAAAUGAUAACACCUUUCUGUACACCAAUUUCUCACUGUGAAAAGAAUGAAAAAUGUAAGAACUACUGUAACAUUUUGCUAUUUCAGUUUGCGAUUGGUAAAGAAAUUUACUGCCCCCAACAAGUCAUAGCACUUUUAAUUGCAGCAGUAAUUAUGUAAUGGCCUUGUGCUUUCAUGUGCAAGAUGCCUCCACAUCCCUUCCCCAAAAAGGCAGCCCAGUUCUCUGCACACGUCUGAUGCUUGAUGGUGAGGGCAGUGAAAGGAAAAAAGGAAACUACUACAGUAAUAUAGUGAUUUCAACAUGUUGCCCUGAAACACACAUACCUACCCCUAAAAAUACACUAAGCACUCAUGGAAAACAUUGGGUUGAAAUCCGGGACAGUUGAAAGACUGUGUCUUACCUAAAAAACUAAAUAAAUAAAGAAACACAAAAGAAUUCUUCCCAUGGUGUCCUUAGCACUGGUAGUGCUUUCCAAGCUGUCCUGAUCUCUCACUCUCUCAAUGAAACGGGCUCCUCCCCCUCUGUGGAAACAUGCAAGCAGUAUGGAGUAAGGGGAAUAAUGCACCCUCAUCCUAAAAAUGGGCUGCAAAUCCUUUUACAAAUUAAAUAUGGAACUACGGUGUCCUGCAGUAGUCCUCUCCCAUGAAAAAUGUUUAAAUCAUAUUCAUUUUUAGCACUAUAGCAUAUGGCGCCACCCUUCCUGUCAUUCCAGCCAACCUCAAUGCUUAGCUAUGCAGACCUGACCUAAUAGAAAUCACUCACAGCCUGCAGGUCUGGUCUCAGUUUACAGUCAGCAGUUUAAAAAUAGAAAACUUAUGACUGUGGCUCAUCUGUUUCUUGGCUCUUUAACCUGCUGGAUCACAAGCCAGAACUGAGCUUAUACUCAAGCUCCAGCAAAGCUCAAGCCGGCUGUGGCAAGCCCACCUCUAGCCAGUUCUUUGUCAGACAGAUUACUUGAACUAAAGCUCACAGCUAAGAGUAAUGUUGGUCAAAGGAGGUAAUGUAAUAGAUGCUGAGAUAUAGAUGUUUUGUUUUCAUUUGCACCCUUCUGUGUUACUUACCAAAGGACUUUUCGUAGGUAGUUACUAGGUAUGUUAUCCACCAGACUAUUGAGGUGCCUGUCCUGAUUUCCCAGUUGCCUCAGAGUACUCUAUGGAUAAAUGGCUUGCUCUUAGUCACUUAUUGGGGAAAUAGAGGCUGAAGGACUCAAACACUAGACUACAGGAAACGGAUCAUUAGCAGCCCAAAGCCUUAAUUGUCUGCACUAAUUGCCAGACUGUUGUCUUUUUGACUGUCCCAGCUACAGCCUUCAUGUUUAUUUCCAGGUGAUCCCAGAUGUGCCCCUUCACUAAGCAGGUGUUCUGACAUUUUGAGUGGCACAGCCAUACAGAUAUGCAGUCUUAGGGACAGAAAGAGAGAACUCAGAUAGGAAGCUUCAAACUGAAGCUACAGCCGUCGUACCAAGCCUUGCCAGUCAGAAUUUCUGACCUGGAGAAAUGAUGUGUAAUGAUAUCAGGAUAUGUGUUACACAAACACACCUGCACAUCAGGUUCCUGGUCUGCUACAGACGUCAAGAUGGCCACAGUGUAGCCCACACCCUCCCCAGGACUGGAGAGAUGGCCACCAUCUGCUUCAUUGUAUCCUCUUGACUGACUCUUCUGGUUCACUGACCCCAUUCUCAAAACCAGGUUGCUAUCAGCACACACAGACGCUGCCUCUGUGUCAGUGCACUAACAGGUGUCAUAUACUGAAUUAGCAUGCAUCAUGAACAGACUCCAUCAUCAAUAAAACAGAUGCAUUUAUUCAUUCCUUUAACCCCUGUUACAUGAUUCAAAGGUAACAUGCUGUAGUCUGGUGUGACUUGGGUUUACGGCAGCUAUAUACAUCUUGUAUGUACCCCUUCUCUUCUCCAUGUGCUGUCUGGUGACUUUUCAGUUACCUGUUGUUGGUUGUUUUGCAUAUCCUGUUAGAGAUACAGAAUUGGUGUUGUGUGCAUUCAUAAUCCUUGAGUACUAAGUAUACAGUUUCAUCCUUUUUAACACCUACUACAGGAUGGGGCUUUCUAAUACAAAUAUGGUCUUUAACAGAACCUGAAGAACUAUCAUUCUUUAUAUUAUCAACAAGUUUUUUAUUACACUAUAAUUUUUUCUAUGUGUGUUCUUACUGUAUCCAGUGAGAAUAUAUUUGCAUUAUGGAGGCUGAGAUAUAGUCCUACUACUGACAAAAUCUGCAAUUACUUCAGUGACACUCCUAAAUUGACACUUGCUUUGUUUUUUAUAUAUAUAUAUAUAUAUAUAUAUAUAUAUAUAUAUAUAUAUAUAUAUAUAUAUAUAUAUAUAUAUUUGACAUUUCAGUAGCUGUUUGUGCUGGCUGGAAACACAGUUAAUCAAGAGGUCUGAAGUAAUACAUUCUCCUGUCUUGUUAGUUUUGCUCCCCUUUGUGAUUGCAUUGUUUUAAUUUCAAUGUUUGCUCUUAACACUGUUAUCUAAGGAAUGUCCACGCUGUAGAUAUUAAAAUGUCACUGUCAUUAAUUGCUUCAUUACUGUGUUAAAAUAGUGGUGAAAUUAGUGGGUGUAAGACAGUUAGUUACUUGAAGACUAAGUAUACGGGGAAAGCACUCUAUUAAUUUAAAUAUUCAGAUUUGGUCACUGCAGGAGUGGUCAUCAUUCUCCCAGUACGCAUCAUCAUCAGAAAUUAGUCUAUUGGACAAGAUGGGACAAAAUUCCUUUCAUGGGAUUGGGGCUGAGCUCAUGUGAAAAAAAAAAAGUGUUUACAAAUACUGGGGUUAGUGCAAUGGUUCAGGUGUUUAUCUAACAGUCGCAAAGUACAGGGUUUAAUUCUUACCUUUGAAAGCAAAAAUGGCCUACAAGAGCAGCUAGCCUAGUACUUUACUUAUAAACUACACAAAUCCUUUUUUGGUGCAAAAUGGCAGUUACACAAUUGUUUGUUGCAGUGCUGCUGCAGAUUUGAAUUGAUGGGAGUAUUGUGGCUCACCUAUAAAGUCUUUGCCUCGCAGAUCCAGAGUCUGUGAUUCAGUCCUGCAUUCCCAUCACUUUCUUUGUGUAGUUUGCAUGUUCUCUUCCUAUGUGGGUUUAUGUUCUCUUAUUAUUACUCCAAAUUCUUCGUGUGUGUGUG